GACAGAAGUCAUAUUUGUCAUGCGUUCGAAUGAUGACAGUGAAAUUUACUAAUUAUUGUAUUUUGUGUUGGUUCGUUUAUAUAUAUUGUUUUUCUUCGAGAUUUUGGAGUCAUUUUUAAAAUUAUAUUUAAACAGAGAAUUAUAGAAUGUUAUAAAAAUGGUAGAACCCAUUUUUGAUUACCAAUUUCGUUUGAUUUUAAUAGGUGACAGUACCGUAGGUAAAAGUUCCUUGCUCAAAUAUUUUACGGAUGGCAAAUUCGCAGAGAUAUCGGACCCGACCGUCGGUGUAGAUUUUUUCGCAAGACUUAUUGAAGUAAAAGAUGGUACUAGAAUUAAGUUACAAUUAUGGGAUACUGCUGGACAAGAAAGAUUUAGAUCCAUAACGAAAUCGUAUUAUAGAAAUUCUGUAGGAGCUCUGUUAGUUUACGACAUAUGCAAUAGGGCAAGUUUUGAUAACAUACCUGCAUGGAUGUCAGAAGCCCGUAGACAUAUUGAACCACAUCGACCAGUUUUUGCUCUUGUAGGUUGUAAAUUAGAUCUUGUUAACAAUGGGGGACAAAGAGAAGUAUCCAAAGAAGAAGCAAAAACAUUUGCAGAUCAGAAUGGUUUAUUUCAUAUUGAAACCUCCGCUAAAAACGGUUUAAACGUUGAAGAGGCUUUCAGUUCAGUCACCCAAGAAGUAUAUAAUAGAAUACAAAGCGGCGAAUAUAAAGUUGAGGAUGGUUGGGAUGGAAUAAAGACGGGAUAUUCGAGACCUACUAAUUUAAGUUAUAAUUUCAUCGAAGCCGAACCCGCCAAGUUUUCAUGUUGUUAAUAAUUUUUGGUAUUUUAAGGGAAUACAAGAUAUUUUUCUGAUUUAAAAGGUUGUUAAUAGUUUUCACAAAUAAUAUGUUUUGACUAUAGCUAAGUUUUAUUAGUUAACGAGUGAAUAUUUGGAAAAAAAAGUUGCUUUAAAUUAUAUUCUGAUAAUUUUUUUCAAAAUUAAAUUACAGUAUUUUCUAAUUACAACAAAAGAUUUUCGAAAUUAUUGGAGAUUUCUAAUAGCUGUGAAAAUGUAAAUAUUAGAAUUAAGUAAAAUUAGAAUGAAAAAAAAUUGUGUAACUAGUCAAAAAAAAAAAAUUAAAUUCACAUAAUAUAUGUAUAUUGCCACUUAGUAUGUCAAUAGUGGUUAAAGUUUGUUAGUAAAAUUUUAUAUAAACUCA